AUGACUUGUCGUCAGGUAUAUUGUUUGUCUACAUAUUUUUAUUAUGAAGCCAUCAAAAUUAAUGUUUCUGUUGCUGGAAACUAUACAGUCGUUGCUAGUAGUAGCAUUGAAACAUAUGGCUUUCUCUUCAGUAAUAGUUUUGAUCUUAUGAACCCAAUACAAAAUUUACUCUUGUAUGAUGAUGAUAGUGCUGGCAAUCAGCAAUUCGAGCUUACAUAUUUCUUACAACCUCUGGCAAAUUAUGUUGUGGUUAUGUCGACAUAUGUUCAGUAUCAGACUGGAACAUUCUCACUUAUUGCAACGGGUCCAGCAAUAAUUAAUUUUACACCAAAUAGUACAGUCCUAAUUCAAUCAAAUUAUACAUCAGUUUUAACUACCUAUAGUCCAACAACUUGUCAUCCAGACAACUGUUCAAAUUCAAAUUUUUAUUAUGAAGCCAUCAAAAUUAAUGUCUUUGUUGCUGGAACCUAUACAAUUGCGUGUAGUAGUAGCAUUGAUACAUAUGGUUUUCUCUUCAAUACUACUUUUGAUCCUACGAAUCCAACAAAAAAUUUACUCUUAUCUGAUGAUGAUGGCGCCGGCAAUCAACAGUUCAAGCUUGUAUACUUUCUUCAACCUUCGAUAAACUAUACAGUGAUCGCAACAACAUAUGCUCCAUUCAUAAGUGGAAGCUUCUCACUUAUUGCAACUGGUCCAGGAGUAGUUUAUUUUACUCGAAUAAGUUCAUCAAAUAGUACGGUCCUAAUCCAAUCAAAUUAUACAUCAGGUUUAACUACCUAUAGUCCAACAACUUGUCAUCCAGAUAAUUGUUCAAAUCCAAAUUUUUAUUAUGAAGCUAUCAAAAUUAAUGUCUUUGUUGCUGGAACCUAUACAAUUGCUUGUAGCAGUAGCAUCGACACAUAUGGUUUUCUCUUCAAUACUACUUUUGAUCCUACGAAUCCAACAAAAAAUUUACUCUUAUAUGAUGAUGAUAGUGCUGGCAAUCAACAAUUCAAGCUUGUAUACUUUCUUCAACGUUGGGUAAACUAUACAGUGAUCGCAACAACAUAUGAUCCAUUCAUAAGUGGAAGCUUCUCACUUAUUGCAACUGGUCCAGGAGUAGUUUAUUUUACUCGAAUAAGUUCAUCAAAUAUGACAGCAGUUUCAGGUAAUCUUUCUUUCUACGGUGUUCAACUUAAUUUCGAUACUCAAGCAUUAUCUAAUGAUUGGUCACUUUGUUACAAUGAUACUUAUAAUGUUAUUUUGAAUGACAGUGUUCUUAUACCUAUUUUGGGAAUAUGUAAUAAACAAAAAUUAAUGCUUGGUUGUCGUCCAGUAGGAAGUUCCUUAUUAAGUGUAGCAGCUAUGGGUCUUCGAGGUGAUGUUUUAUACAGUUGUGGUAUGUCGACUAGUUGUACACAUGUAGCUAAUGGUGUUGGAUGGUAUUUUGCAUAUGAAUACUCAUGGGGUUUUGUCAACAAUAAUGAUAUAGUGUAUCGAUAUGCAUGUGAUACUACAUCAACAAAUCCGAUAUAUAGACUUUGUUGGACUACACUAUCAGCUCAUGGUGGAUAUAGAUGUGGUAAUAUUACAGGACUCAGUUCUUCUACAACAUAUCAACGGGUUAUUUAUCAUUCGAACUGA